AUGCACAUCUUCAAAUUCUCCGCGUUCGUCUUUACGCUGCUUCCCGCACUCUCAUCCUGCGCCAACCUCUUCGUUUCCUCAUAUUUGGGCAACGUCACAACCAUUGCUCUUCCCGACCCUCUUGAGGGCGACAUAUCGAACCAUACAUCGUUUGUGAACAACGGUUGUGGUCUGAAUCCCUCAUGGUUGACCUGGAAUGCGCUAAACCGCACUCUGUUCUGCUUGGAUGAGGGAUGGACGACAGGAAACGGAUCACUCGUAUCGUUCCUGGCCCUCGAUACUGGUAGGUUGGUCCGGGUCAAGGGCAGGACUAUAGGAGCAGGGCCGGUUAGUGCAGUGCUGGGUGGACCGGCCGAUAGUCGAGCGGUGGUCAUUGCAGACUACGCUGGAGGGGCUGUUGAGUCAUUCACCACAGGCGCUUUGGGCCUCACGACAAAAGGGACCUACAUCCAGCUCAGCCUUCCUUCUCCUGACCCGCGCGGCGGCAAACAAGAUCCCGAGCGGCAAUCGGCGCCCCAUCCUCACCAGGCAAUCCUAGACCCAACAGGCGAAUUCAUUGUGGUGCCCGAUCUCGGCAGCGACCAGCUCCGAGUCUUCAGACUGGGCGCGAAUGCUCUUCUGGAGGAAACUGUAGUUGGGAUCAAUGAACCCGAAAAUACUGCCCCGGCUGUGGACAUGAGACCGGGCCUAGGGCCACGACAUGCAGCAUUCGUCACCUUUGAUGACCCGUACCCACUGACACUUCUGUAUGUCGUGGGAGAAUUGAGCAACACGAUGACAAUGUACAAUGUCUACUACGAGGAGGGGAUUAUGGUGUUUAUCCAUUGGGGAGAGCAACCCAUAUUUGGGCUCUAUCCUGCCCCGGGAGGCGCAUCAGUCGGGGAGAUAUUGAUUUCGCCGGACAAGAAAAAUAUCUUCGUCUCCAACCGCAAUGACCAGCUCUUCAAGCGCAGAGAUGGCGAUGGCAGCCCCGUCGACUCCUUCGAAACCUUCUCCGACUCCAUCACCACGUUCAGUUUGAAUUCGGUUGGCGACGCGGUGUGGAAGGGGCUCAGCCCUUCCGGUGGAGUCUCCCCACGACAUAUGGCAUUCAACAAGGACGGAACGAUAUUGGCGGUUGCGAAUCAGAAGAGCGGGCGGGUUAUGUUCUGGAAUAGAAAUUUGGAGACGGGAGAUUUAGUACAAGUGAUCGCUUGGGCAUCGGUGCCAGGAGAGCUCAGUUCCGUCGUAUGGGAUGAGUGACUGAGCAACUCCCUGCAUGCAGAUCGGCAUAGUGCUGGACUAUUACUAUAUGGAACUUGUCCGCAAAACAACCGAGGACCGGGGAUGAAGGAAAUAAGAAGGCCCUAGGAACCUUCGCAGAACAUAGCAGCCAUA